AUGAGCGCGCAGCCAGGUCCCUCCAAGCCGCCAGCAGCGUCCGCGUCGUCUUCGACCUCCGCCUCGUCUUCAUCAGUCCGACCGUCGACACCGGGUGCUUUCUCGACCAACACGCCUCGCCAGGGGACUCCAGCUGGUGGACAGUCUGCUGUACAGCGAGGGAAACAGCCUGCGGUGCCGGGCGGGCCAGUACAAGCGGGAGCGGGAGGAGGAGGGAGGGUCGUGCAGCCAGGUGGUGGUGGGGCAGGCGCUGGACAGGCGCAAAGCGGGAGGGCGGUCAACGCGGGUGCUGCGAGUGGCCCAGCAGUCAUCCGACCGACGCUCAAUUCGAUCCUCGUCAAUGUCAGGCAGAAAGGAAACCCUGUCAUCGGACAUAUACGUACCGUGCCAUGGGAGUAUGGCGACAUCAAGUGCGACUACCAGGUUGGCGCAACAGCCGGUGUCCUCUAUCUCUCCAUUCGCUACCACCUCCUUCAUCCCGAAUACAUCCACACGCGCAUUCAGGACCUCGGCCAAAAUUACAACCUUCGCAUCAUCCUCUGCCAGUGCGACGCUGACAACCACACUGCCGCGAUGAAGGAGCUCACCAAGGUCGCCAUCGUCAACGGCUACACGCUCAUCACGUGCUGGAGCGCCCAAGAAGCAGGCCGCUACCUCGAGACGUACAAGUCGUUCGAACGCAAGCCGCCCGACCUGAUCCGCGAACGUGUUGACGAUUCGUACAUGGCGCACAUGACGAGCGCCUUGACGAGCGUUCGUGGCGUCAACAAGACGGACGUGACGACGUUGAUCAGCAACUUUGGCUCCUUCGCCAACCUCGUCCUCGCCGAACCGGCCAAACUCUCGACCCUCCCCGGUCUGGGUGACAAAAAAGUUCGUCGCUUGCGCGAGGCUUUCACCGCUCCUUUCACGACGUCGGGCGGGAAGAACAAGCGGAGGAGGGUGGAGAAGGGUGAGGCGGAGAAGAGGGGCGAGAGAGGGGAGAGGGAGAUCAACUAG